AUGGCACACGAGAAAGAAGACGCCGUGAUAAUAGAGACCGACAAUGUUCAACAGGGGUCAAUUGAUUUUUUUGAUGACGUUUCUGAGUUCAAGGGUAUCUCUAAUCGUAAAGAUGCCGACGAGGCAUUAGACUAUGCUUUGCAAGUCUCCCAACACAAAGACGUUGACCCCGAAGCCGACAGAAGAUUAACACGUAAGAUUGACAUGAUUGUUUUUCCAACUAUGGCUCUAGUUUACGCCGCCCAAUUUCUCGACAAAACGUCAAUGUCAUACGCUGCAGUAAUGGGAUUACAAAAGGAUUUAAAAAUGAAAGGAAACAUGUAUAGCUGGUCCGGAACCAGUUUUUACCUAGGGUAUCUCGUGUUUGAGUACCCUGCUGCUUGGCUACUGCAAAGAUUUCCGCUGGCUAAGACUUUGGGUGUUUUCCUCAUAAUUUGGGGGUUUGUUUUGACAUUAACCUCUGUUGCGACGUACCCUGGAUUCAUUGCUAUUAGAACAAUCCUUGGAAUGCUUGAAUCCAGCACCUCAAUGGGAUUUAUGCUACUGACUGCCCAAUAUUAUCAUCGGAAACAUCAGGGCUCGAGAACAUCCUUUUGGGUGGCCUUUAAUGGACUGGGACAAAUUAUUGGAGGAUCCAUGGCGUAUGGCUUGGCUAAGAGGCAAAAUACGUUGCCCAUGCCGGGAUGGAAGUUGGUUUUCAUUAUCUGUGGUGUUAUAACCAUCUUUUUAGGGUUUGCUUUCUUGCUGAUUAUCCCUGACACUCCAUUCAAAGCUUGGUUUCUAAAUGAUUUUGAGAAAGAAUUAAUCGUUCAGAGGCUGCGCGAAAAUCAGCAAGGAGUAGGAAAUCACAAAUUCAAAAGGUAUCAGUUUAUUGAGGCUUUGAAAGACGUGCGCACUUGGAUUAUGUUCUUCUCUUCUGUCGCUCUGAAUAUUCCCAACGGCGGUAUUGGUACUUUUUCAUCUCUUUUGAUCAAAGGAACAAUGGGAUAUGAUGAAAUGAUGACUUUGCUUAUGGGUUUACCCGCUGGUGGAUGCGAGUUUGGUGGACUGAUAUUGUUUGGGAUCAUUUCUCCUUUCGUCAAAAAUAGGAUGCUUCUCGCGUCAAUCACUACUACUAUCGCACUGAUUGGCUCUUGCUUGAUGUCCUUUGCAGGUCCGCCUAAGGCCCAGUUGGCCGGUUACUAUCUUUUGAUGGUUUCGCCAGGAGCAAUGAUAGUUAUGUUUUCCAUCGUCUCGUCAAAUGUUUCGGGAUAUACAAAGAAAACAACGGUUGGUGCUAUAUAUCUGAUUGGGUAUUGCGUAGGAAAUCUAAUUGGCCCUCAAACCUUCAAGGCUCAAGAUGCUCCUGAAUAUCGCCCUGCUAAAAUUGUGAUGGUUGCCUUCUACGCGAUUACUUUGACAACGCUACCAUUGCUUUAUUUUGUAAACCGCAAAGAAAACUUGAGAAGAGACAGGUUAGCCGAAGAGGGAAAGAUUCACCACCAACAAAACUCAGAGUUUGCUGAUUUAACGGACAAAGAAAAUCUGGAAUUUAGAUAUGUGCUUUGA